AUGCCAUCUGCCGACGCGUGUGCCCCUCACCCACAGAACUCAAUCCAGUGCAUCCCCAAAUCGACCAAGACCACAUCCGCCACAAACCCUAGCCACACCCCCGCCGCCGCCGACCGCGCCCACCACAACACCACCGCCGCCCCCACCGCGUCCCAACACAUCAUUGCCACCCCCGCCAGCACCAACCACUCCCCGCUGCUGCUGCAGACUCUGAUCUCCACACCCCACCGCUGCAGACUACUACCGCCGCCGGCCCCACAGCAUAGCGCCACCGAGGACAGGGACGACGCCACCGGCGCCGGCCAGCCACGUCGCGGAACCACUCCACCGGCGACCACCCUCCUCCACCGCGAGCUUGGUCCACACCGAGCAAGCCUUCUCCCCAGUAUCGAGCGGGGCAGCUUCCUCUACGUCGUCUCCCCCAGCAGCGGGGCGUCCUCCCUCCAGCGAGCGGCUCUGUAUCCUCAGCAUCCUUUCCCUAGGCAGUUGCAUCCUAUACUUCGUUUCACGAGUGUCCUCUUCAUAGCGCUGUGUCGACUACGUCUGGAUAGCACCUCAUCUCCAUCCUCGCCCCCAAGCAGUGUCACCUCACCUCUACUUCCCCGCCUGAGCAGUGACACCUACGGUCUCGGCUUCACCGCCUCCUGUACUUCUCAACCAACGGUGUUUGUUUGUGUUUCUUGAAGUCUGAUUUACUCAGCAAGGAAGGGAUGUGCUACUGUAUAAUGUUUAUCGGGAGCAUGGUAGCCUAGUGGCAAAAGCUCCUGUGUAUGCAGAUGGAAGCAGAUAAGUGUCAGGCUCUUCCUACAGGAUGUCUAUUGGUUCAGUUCUAGUCAUAAACAGAGGUGAUAUAGUUGCUUUUACUUUGCUCAGUUACUUUGAUGUCAGCAUUUGAGUACUAAUCGAUCCAUUUCUUUCAAUAACCAUAUUAUGUAGAAUGAUACGUUUUCUUCCAUAUCAUGUAUAAUUGAUUCAUUUCUUUCCAUAACUAUAUCAUGUAUAAUGAUUGAUUUAUGUUUGUAGCAAUGCUACCACAAGCAAGCUUAUAAGAUGCAUUGUUUUGUGUUCUUUGUAGCCACUAGCCAGCUACGACCAAAGGCCACAUAUUCUGUUUUAAAUUGUUUAUCAAGUUUUGAGUUGCUAACCACAUAUGCCACAUGGUUAAAUGCUCUAUCUUUAGGUAUCACUUCCUUUUUGUUUUUGCAGUUAUGCUUUAUCUGAUUGGUUCAAAAUAAUCUGUAUUGGCAAUAACUCCAUGGUUUUAAUACGGUUUUAAUAUAGUAUUUUUUCUAUUAGUUUUCCAUAUCUCAAAAAUAGGGUAACAUGAUUUGUUAAAUUUUUUCGAUAAAAGGGGCCACAUGGCCCCCAUUUUCAUAAUGAAAAUAGGAGUCUGGAUACAACAAAUUCAACACCCCACGCAUUUUUCUCAGACCUGAUGCAUCACCUCACCAAACUGAAGAACAACCUACAUCCUAGACAUAUAACCACAUCUAUAGGAUGCCAAGCCACCCACUACUGGGCUAAGAAGCAUGGACACGGGGACAGAAAGACGGGGAUACGCAUACGGGGACACGGGAUACGACUUUUUUCAAAAAUAGCCAUUCGGGGAUACGGCAGGAUAUAUAAGUAUUUUAAGAAAUUAGAUGAAAGAUUCUUAUUUAGUAUUGACAUAUGUUGCCUCAUUUUUAGAUGUAAGAUUGUUUUUCUUUUUUCUUUUGAGGAUCACAUGGUCACUUUACACGACCCUGCACUCAGAGCCCAUGUAGCUCUCCACUCAGAGCCCACAUAAGGUCCAAUUCUAGGAAACCCUACACAAGUGCUCCUCCAGCUGUUCCCUACCCCGUGCUCCUCUUUCCUCCCUGCCCCAGCCACCAAGAACUGUAGCGAGGAGAUGAGACGACCGCUCCUCGCCUGCACCUUCUUGCUAGUCUACGUCUUCCCUUUCAAUCCACCCAAAUCUUCUUUCUCCCUGCCCGGAGCUUUUUCCUCGCCUGCAACCACCUCGCCUUCUCCUCUCUGCCUGGAUCUUCUUCCCUGCUAGCGACCGUCGAGGUUGCCAGCUCGAGCGUGGCAUCCGUCGGAGGAGAGCAGCGUUGUGGUCGCUGGAGGCCAGCUCCCGAGUCCCCCAAUGUAUCCCCACCGUAUCUAUGCCGUAUCCCAAUUUGUCUCUCUUUUUUUAUCAAGAUAAGAUGGGAUACUGCGGGAUUCGCGUAUCCCGACGUAUCCACGCGUAUCCCCGUGUCCCCCCGUACUAGAACGGCAAUACGGCAGUUUCUGCCGUAUCCAUGCUUUGUAGCUACUGGGAGAGUAACAGACUUGUUAUUAUGUGCCGCUCUUCAGAAUUUGCGGGAGAUUCUUUUUUGAUAUUUUAAGGAAAUCUCAAAGGAUACACUAGCCAUUGUCUACUAGUGCUAGAUAUGACAUUUGGCCUGCUUUCCUGAAUUAGUUGAGAUAUGGUCAUAUUUAUCUGCUUCAGUUCAGAUAAAGAUGUGUUUCAUGGGUUCUCUCAUCACCUCAUAUCCAGGUUCUAGGUCCUAUUUCAUUACCUUUACCACAUGGCCAUCUUACGGAUACGAAUCGUAGCCUCUAGUAUGUAAACAAUACUUGAUCUGAUUGAAGAAGUCCUCCCGAGUAAUAUGGUUAUUCUAAUUAUAUAAUAAUGAUUGCUUGCUGCGAUGAAGUGUUACACAUUUAGAAGAUUUUUAUUUAUGCUGAUGAGUUAAACUGCAGCAUGUCAAAAUCUUUGAUGUGUCAAUUUAAAAUCUGAAAUAAGAGCCCCAUUUUGAGUUUCCGAUCUGUUGCAGGUUUCCCAAGGGUACACAAGUUGAUGGAGUUGUGGAAGAUCUGCAAGCUGCUGGAGGUUUGGAAGACCUACAGUUAAUUUGGUCAAGUGAUAUAUGCCUCGUUUGCUGAACCCAGAGACAUUGGCAAGUUUUACUAUGCUCAUUUGGUGGUUGUUUUGGUACAUAAGCCAUUUUAUGUUCAUUUUGGUUGUGUCACACAUCUAAAACAUAUGUACAGAACCUAUUGUGGCACAACCUCCUUGUAUAUGGUCGUUUCAUACAUGUAUCUAGAAACAUAUGUAUUUGGUUUGGCAUGUGUUAUUGAAUGAAGUUUAAGGUUGGUUGAAGUGUA